AUGGAGGAUAAAGUGGAACCUUACAGAGUAACUGUAUAGUUAUAUAAUCAACCUGUAUGCAUGGAAACAGAUACAGGGGCUUCUGUCACAGUGGUUAAUGCAGAGACUUAUCAACAAUGUAAAGCAGGCCUGAGUCCAUUGGAAAAGACAAGAGUGAAACUAAAGACUUACACCCCAGUAAUAGGAUCAGUAAGUGUCCCUGUUGCAUAUAAAGGACAACAGAAAACCUUAAAGGCCUUAGUAGUAAAAGGAAAAAGGCCAAACUUGUGUGGUAGGAAAUGGCUCAAAAUCAGACCAGACUGGGACGAAAUAUAUAAGUUAGACUUACUGGAAAUGCCCACCCUAAAAGAAAUCCUGGGGGCCUACCCUGCAGUAUUCCAAGAGGAGUUAGGUAUAUUGAAGACAAUAAAGGCUAGGAUUUAUGUCCAAGAUGGUAGCCAGCCAAAAUAUUUCAAAGUCAGGCCAGUUCCAUAUGCCCUGAGAGAGAGAACUGAAACAGAAUUGGAUAGAUUGGAAGGCAUUGUCUCCCUUGUGUAGUUUGCAGAAUGGGCAACACCCAUUGUACCAGUGGCCAAGUCUGAUAGAACCAUCCAUGUCUGGGGAGACUAUAAAGUCGUAGACAAUCAAGUUUCUACAUUAGACACUGAGGACUUGCUCGCAGUGCUUGGAGGAGGCCAACAUUUUUGCAAGUUGGACAUGUCCCAGGCUUAUCAACAGAUGGAAAUCGAGGAGCACUGUAAGAAAUUCACCAGAAUAAAUACCCACAAGGGAAUGUACCAAUAUAAUGGAUUGCCUUAUGGAGUUUCAUCAGCUCCUGACAUAUUCCAAAGGGUCAUGAAAAACCUCUUAAAGGAGAUUCCAGAGGUAGUGGUGAGGAUUGAUGAUAUCCUCGUCAUGGGAAAAAGUGAUAAGGAACGCCUAGCAACACUAAAGGGAGUAUUUCAAAGACUGGAAAAAGCAGGGCUAUGUUUGAAACAAAAGAAAUACUCUUUCAUGAGGCCUGAAGCGCAGUACUUAAGAUAUAAGAUCAACAAGGAGGGAGUUCACCCCAUGGCAGAUAAAGGCACAGCUUUGAAGGCACUGGCCCCACAAAACACGUCAGAGGUUCGGGCAUAUCUGGGAAUGUUGAUUUAUUAUCAUCACUGCUGCUGGGGGUCGGUAGGGUUCCUUCCAAACCUUUCAGCUCUCUUGGAACCUUUACAUCACCUCUUAAGGAAAGGAGCCUCAUGGCACUGGGGAGGUAGACAAGAAGAAGCCUUCUGAGAAUCUAAGAGGCUACUUAAAUCAUCAGAGCUUUUGUUUCGUUUUGAUCCCAGCAAGGAAUUAAUCCUGUCCUGCAAUGCUUCAUCAUAUGGACUAGUGGCUGUGUUGUCCCAUAAACUGAACAAUCAGGAAGAAUGGCUUAUUGGAUAUGCCUCAAGGACACUAAACAAAGCCAAACGGGGUUAUUCUCAGUUGGAAAAGGAAAGUUUAGCUAUUAUAUUUGGCCUAAAGAAGUUUCACCAGUAUCUGUAUGGGAAGGCUUUUACCAUCAUAACAGACCACAAACCUUGAGGUUUAUUUAAGAAAAAAAAAGCAUUACCCAAUAUGGCAGCGGCACAACUACAGUAGUGGGCUUUGACCCUAGCCAUGUAUGAGUACAAGAUUCUUUACAAGGUGGGCCAUCAACAUGGGAAUGCUGACACCCUGAGCAGACUACCACUACCAGACUCAGCCCCUACAGAAGAGCGCUUACAGGGCUGGCCAAAACAGAAUUCGGGAGGAGAGCUUUGGCCCUUUUGGACCAGAAGUACUGAACUGAGCAUAGAGGAUGGCUAUAUUUUGUGGGGCAUGCAAGUGGUAGUCCCCCCUCAAGGAUGACAGAAAAUGCUGGCAGAACUACAUGAGGCACAUCCUGGAAAGUCCAGAAUGAAAGCUUUAGCUUGCAGCUAUGUGUGGUGGCCAUGCCUACAUGAAGACCUGGAAAAGGUGGUCAAACACUACCCCCAGUGUCAAGUAUGUCAACAGUCUCUGGCACAGGCACCCUUGCAUCCUUGGAAAUGGCCAGGACAGCCUUGGUUUCGUCUGCACUUAGACUAUGCUGGACCCUAUUUAGGAAAAAUGUUUUUGAUCAUAAUAGAUGCUCAUUCAAAAUGGCUGGAAGUGUACCCUGUGAACUCAACAACCUCAGAAGCAACCUGUGACAAGCUUUGACAGACUUUUGCCACACAGACAUUGCCUGUGUUAUUGGUCACAGAUAAUGCUCCGAAUUUCACUAGUCAUGAAUUUAAGGAGUUCCUUAGUAAAAAUGGAAUUAAACACAUUCAAACAUCACCAUACCACCCAGCUUCCAAUGGUCUUGUAGAAAGAGCUGUGAGGACCUUCAAAGAAGGAAUGAGAAAAAUGACCAGAGGAAGUUUGGAGACAAAAUUGGCUCAAUUCCUUUUGAAAUAUCGAGUUGCACCUCAAACCAUCACAGGCAUGAGCCCUGUCCAGCUAUUAAUGGGAAGGAGGAUCAAGACUCAUUUGGAUUUACUGUAUCCCAAUAUGGAGGAAGAAGUGUGGAAAAAACAGACCCUUCAAAAACACAACCAUGAUUAUCACACUAAAGAGAGAGUUUUGGGGCAGGCAUGCUUGAAAAUGAUAACAGAUGCUUAUAAUGGAAUGGAGAUGAUGGUGCUUGUCGCUCAGUUGUAG